AUGCCUCCCAGACCUAUCGCUUUCGAUGAAUCUGAUGAGGACGACGUCAAGUAUCCCCUUCGAUCUUUCAAGGUCCCCGCCUGGAGGGCAGAUCACUCUGACUCCGAAGUCGAUGAACUCGAAUCCGAUGCCGACGACGACCUAGAGCUGGAACCGCAGCUACCUCCUAGGCCGUCUUCCAAGUUGGCUCGGCGCGCCAAAAGGGAACGCGAGGAUCGGGACAAGAACAAGAAGGAAAAGCGACGGAAGAGGGAGGAGAAGGAGAAGGAAGAGAAACGCAAGCGCCGAAGAGCAGAGAAGAAGCAAGCCGAAGCUCUCGCUGCCAGACAGAAUGGAAGCACGGCUAGCCCCUCUCAUUCUCGAACUACAAAGUCUCCUUCAGUGAUGCCUAUCUCUGUGGCUCCCGCCACCGCUCAACGUUUUGCCGACGCGCAUACAUCCCGGGUCGCCCACGAGGGCAACGGAAGCUCGAGCGAUUCAGACGCACCUCUUCCCUCCCUUAUCAUUCGAUCAUCAACAACCUCACAGCCAAACUCACAGCCGGCGAAAGCCCAAACUGAACCCAUGAGCGAGGACGAGGUCGAGCUCAUCGCGUCUCAGCUCGCGGGAUCACAAAAUACGGCUGCCAGUCUGACCAGGUCCAGUUCGGUGCCCGCUCUCACGGACAAUAGCCAGCACGAGGAACUCUCUCAGCGUGCUGUUUCUGCUCUCCCUCACGCUUCCGGCAACUCGGGCGAUGCCGCAAAUCCCAUCCAGCUCGACUCUUCGGACGCUCCAUUUCAGCCCAGUUCCCGAGCAGAGCCAGUCGACGAGGGUGACGACGGCACCAUCUCAGACAUCAGCUCUGUUUCAUACAGCGACUCUGAAGACUAUGAACAGGGCGAAGAGUUUUACACGAGCUCUGAGGGCUCUGUCUCGGAUUCUGACAGCGAACGAGGGUUCGGCCCCUGGACCGAGUACGAUAAGGAGAAUUGGCAAGGGUCCACGGCGCACUUGGACGCUGCCUACAACGGCAACUUUGACAUUCUCGCAGUCCUCCGUCACCGUCAAAACCCACGCCGAGGCUUUUACGAGUACCGUGUAGUGUGGGCAGGCUAUCCUAUCUACUCGUCCUCGUGGGAGCAAGAGAGCAACUUCAACAGCCCGACCACGCUGAAGGAGUAUUGGGAACGCCAAGGUGGACGCCCAGCAGACGUGGUCGUUGACCAAACAGAACACUCGACUCAUGACUCUGACACUGACUUUGCUGUCAACCGCCGCCCUCGGAAGCGCGCACACGAGGCCAAAAGGAAAAAGCGCCUCGAGAUCCGCCGCGACAAAAGGCAACUCCGACAGUACAUGAAUUCGCUCAGCGAGGAGCGUGCCGCAGCAAGUGCCCUGGACGAGGCAAAGUACGAAAGGUUCCGACGCAAGAAACGCGUCAAGCUCGAGACGAAGCGCUUGCAGGAGAAAGGCUCCAGUCGCAGCUACCAGAAGCGACAGGAGAAACUGAACCAGAAGCGGUGGAGGCGCAAUGCCGCUGCUGGUGGCUCAUAUGGCACUGCUGGUAUCUCUCGCAUUGAUGCAAGGCAUGCGAAUCGCACCCUGGCGGAUAUCUCGAUGAAGGCUCGCUCUGGUGCUGCCGCUGGCAUCAACAGCGCACACACUCGCGUGUCGCAGCUGAACGACAGCAUUCCCGAGAGUGACGAGCACCAGAUGACUUUCCGACGUUCGGGUCCCAGUUACCCUGGUCUGGACGUUUCGAUGGCACACUUUCGUGAUGAUCAAAGCUUCAGCUCCCAAACAGCGCGACCUACAGUGCGGCCGCAGGCUACGACGACGGCUUUACCUGGCGCUUUGGGGUCGGUGUCUACCAGCCAGGUGCCUGCGCCCCGCCCCGCCCCCGGUAGUUACAAAGGCGCGCACCGACGCGAACCCAAAGUUCAGUUGAAGGAAGACUUUGGGAGCUUUCUGAAGAAGAUUCACGGCGCGGGCGGUGGAGCAUUGCAGCGGUCCACAAAUGUUAACGCGGCACAAUCUUCGCAAGCACCUUCAGACUCGAAUGGUCGAUCGAUCGCCGUGGGUCGAAGGCCGUCGGAAGCAAGGAAGCCGAAUCUCCUCGUGCUCAAGCCCGUCGAGGACUUUAAGGGCGGCAGCCGUCCUGCGCCACCGGCUACCAUGGCUUGUGCUGGCAGCUCUGCCUCUUCCGUAACAGGAGACGCCGAUGCCUUUGGGAUCCCAGAGAUGAGCGCUGUUCGCAGCCAAUUCAAUCCUCAUCAGGAGGCCCCCGGCACCGACGAAGAAGAAAAGCGAGCCCAACGAGCGCUCGCCUCCAUCUUGAAAUCCACCUUCCCUGCAAACGCUGCACAAGGUAGCUCUGCCCAUGCUGACCCAUCGCAACAGGUUGCACCUCGCAGCCGUGUCGAAAACCGUCGAUGUCGUCCCGCUACCGUAGCUUGGGACACUCAGGAUACUACGCAGGUGUCUUGGUCGCCGCCGCACAAUGGCGGACAGUCGUCGCCUCUAGACCACGGAUUCACCAUGCUCGAGACUGCUUCCAACGGCGGACGCUCGCCGCUGGAAUCGAGCGCCACGGGGCCAAACCGGAAUAGACACAAAUCAAAAGUCCCGCAACACAACGUAAGUCACUUAUACUUCGAGUUUGUCGUUGGUCACAACAGAAUCGAUGCCAUAGCCGAUCUAUGUACCUUCGAGCCUCUGUCCUCGCAUCGUAGGCAGACGCUGGGCCUUGACGUCCCAGGAGGGAUGUUGUACUUCGACAUGCUCUUGCCCUUUGCAUGGAUCCGGGACAUGCUUGCAGGUCACGCUGCUACCCCGAAUGAAGUCAUGUUGCUACACGCAAACGGUGAAGGAUCGAUGCAGGCCAGAUCAUCUCUGGACCAGCUUUCCGAGCAGCUUAAAGACCUCGACGUCGCUCUACUGGCUUACACAAUUGGAGCAGCCAGCAAAGGCAAAUCCUCCGGGCGGAGAGACUACUUUGUGGCAUUUUCGAGCAAGUACGAGGUUGACUACAUUUCGGGAAUUCCUCCGUCCUUUCACAAUGUUUGCGGUCAGCCUUACACGGUCUGUAUCAUCCCGUUGCAGCUGGAACACCAACCAGCGCCUUCCUCGCACAUCUCGUUGGGAAAGGCACCCCCAUUGGAAGGUCAGGUCGUCAACGCAUUCGAGUCUUCAAUCGGCAAGAAGAACUUGGAGGACCUGAAGAUUGGUCGCACGGAGAUUCGCAAGGUGAAACGAGCCGCCCAGCGUUAUCGCAUCACGUCACAGCAUUACGAAGGCAUUCGCAGCAAGUACAAUAUCAUUUUUCUCGGUCAGAAUCCACCAGCCUACGAGAAGAGCGUGCUCUACUAUAUGGUCCGCAUUUUCGAAGGUGGCAUCCGACUCACUCUGAACCCGGAGACGGACGCCAAGCUUUACAAGGAUGCAAACAUCGGAACCAACGUCUUUGUGCGUCGAGCCGCCUUUGAAGAAAUGUUUGCCAGUAGCGAGGAAGGAGAGGCAUUCUGGCUUGCGCCUUAUCUGCGACGCUUCAAGCGACAGCCGCGGUGCCGUUUCUGGACGAUCGGCUUCUCGCCCGGAGAUCCAGACGAGCGCGUGCGUGAGGUCUUCCCUGGUAACGAAGGGCUGGUGACCUUUUCUGUCUCGUCUAUCUUGGCCGAUCUACUGCGCUCGAGUAUGUCAGCGUCGGGCGAUCAGGACAAGGAGGAAGGUCAGCUGACGCAGACGGACGCAGCUCCGCCGACUUCCAUCCUUUGCGACGUAGCGGCCAAUCUGGCGAACUACUGGCGGGUGCAGCUGCAUCCGUGGGUCCGCACGUGCUUCAAGCUUUUGGCCGAUGAUCUCGAGCCGGUCUGUCGUGCUCUGCAUCUGAUCGAGAAGGACCAGGAGUUCCCCAUUGAUCUCAUGUUCGACCUGAAAAUGAAGCUCGACGAGCUCUACAGGACCGCCGAUGUGAAAGAGUGGCCGAAAGACGCCAUCAAUGGCCUGGACAUCGACGAGCCGACCGAGGUUCCCGAGAAGCCAGAAGAGCUGGUCAAGCGCAUCGACGACGAGGUGCUGGCAACGUUGCGCAAGGAGCAGCUAAGCACUGCAGCUGAAACGCGCUUCCACGUCUUUGUUUCGGAGGAAGGAAAGAUGUCUGAAGAGCAAUCAGCGGGAAUUGAGGUGAUGACUCUGGCCGAACUGGGAGACAACGAGUGUAGGAGACUGGCAAGGCUGCCAGGCAAUUGA